AUGGGUUCCAUUCCGACUGAAUCCCUCUUUUCAGAGCUAGCCGACAUUCCCCUCGACCCUCACUAUGCCUUGAAAGAAGACUUCUCUGCUGAUCCAGCCCCCAAGAAGGUGAUCCUGGGAUCAGGUAUCUACCGCGACGGAAAUGGAAUGCCAUGGGUACUUCCUACAGUCAAAGAAGCUGAAGAGAUUGUCGAUAGCCAGGGAGAUCCCGGUCGCUAUGAUUAUCUUCAGAUUGCAGGAUAUGCCCCCUUCUACACCGCAGCACGAGACCUGUUGUUCGGAAGCCUUGAUACAAAGGUAGAAAGCAUUGUCUCUGUUCAAACAGUGUCAGGAACAGGUGCUAACUCCCUCGGCGCCCGCUUCUUAUCGGAAUCCCUCAAGCCGUCUGCUGUUUGGCUAUCGAACCCAAGUUGGGUAAACCAUGCCAACAUCUGGUCUUUGGUCGGAGUUGAAGUCAAAUACUACCCUUACUGGAACGCCGAGAAAAGAUGUUUGGACUUUGAGAAUAUGAUCGGAACUCUGGAAUCACACACCAAGCCGGGAGACGUUAUCGUGCUUCACGGCUGCGCGCAUAAUCCAACAGGUGUUGACCCGACAAAGGACCAGUGGAAGACCAUUGCGGAUAUUUGCCAGCGCCAUGGAUUAUUCCCUUUCUUUGACAACGCUUAUCAGGGAUUUGCCUCCGGUGAUCUAGAUGAAGAUGCAUGGGCAUUGAGACACUUUGCGGGCCGAGAAACUAUGGAGCUCGCAGCAGCACAAUCCUUUUCAAAGAACAUGGGGCUUUACGGUGAGCGUGUUGGGGCUCUACAUAUCCUCACUGCAUCACCAGAUGCAGCAUCAAAGGUCAAAGGAAAUGUUCUGCGCAUCCAGCGAGGGCAGGUCUCACAGCCACCUCGGCGAGGAGCAGCAUUGGCCACAACAAUCCUCGCAAAUGGAAAGCUGUUCCAGAAGUGGCUCCUGGACCUUCGAGAGAUGAGCUCUCGUAUCAAAGACAUGCGAAAGGCCCUACAUGAAGAAUUGGGAGCUUUGGGCACGCCUGGAAAUUGGGAACAUAUCCUAACUCAAAUUGGAAUGUUCUCUUACACCGGGCUUAGCCCUGCGCAGGUAGAGAACCUGCGAGCUGAAAGCCACGUCUACAUACUGACGUCGGGACGUAUCUCAGUCCCAGGCUUAAACCACGGAAAUGUGAAGUACGUGGCAGCGGCAAUCGACAAGGCCGCAAGGGAGGAACUCGCAUAA